AUCUUCAGAUGUGAAAGUUACAAUUUAUUUUCUUAAUUCCUUUUGUUUAGUUUGUCACCAAUUGUUUCACAAUUUAAUUCGCAAUUAAUUAUGAAUACUAAAUUUGUUUGUAAUCUUUUGUUAAUUUGUUUCUUCAUUUUAAUUACAUUCUCUCAAUCAAGUGUUGCUAUUAAAUGUUGGAUUUGUAACAGUCGAACUGAUCCUAAAUGUGGUGACCCUUUCGUUAAUCAAUCUAUACCUUUAAACGAUUGUGAUGUUGACCCUCAUAAACCAUCAACGCCUGAUUUGGCUGGUGCUAGAGCAACAAUGUGCCGGAAGAUUCGACAAAAGGUUGAAAACGAAUGGAGAGUAAUUCGAUCCUGUGCCUAUUUGGGUUCACCAGGUGAAGGGACUGGUAAUGAGAAUGUUUGUCAUUACCAAACAGAAUCAUACAAUGUUUUCCGUGAAACUUGUACCUGUAACAGUAAAGAUGGUUGUAACCAUGGAUUCUCAAUUCGAAGUGGUUCUCUCAUGAUGAUUUUCACCACGAUGUGUCUAGUAUUUGUUUUCGAUUUAAUUUAAUUCAAUUAUUCAACUGUCAACGAAACAAAACCAAUCAAUUUGUUGGCUUCAGUGCCAAUCACGUCCACAAAGUGUUUCAAUUGAGGAAUAAUCAAUUAUCUUCUUCAAGUAAAUCCAAUCUUCAAUUUGUUGAUUUAAUAUUCUGUUUUAACUCUUGCAUUCCCUAUCACCGCCUUCGUCAUGAUCAAUACUUUCACCAUUGAUUCAGUGUUUUUCCAAAAGAUUAACCAAAAAAGUCACAAAUUAACUGCCAUUAUUAAUUGUCCAUUUAGUUGAUUUCACUUUUUGGUUAAACGAAUUGUCAUCAUUACUAAAGUCAUUAUCAUCACAGUGAUGACUUGAGAGAAUCUCAUUUUUUAACUACACCAUCAAUUCAUGAGUUGAAUUAUCAUCAAGUAAAUCUGACUGAUAAUUUUGACGAUUUUUUUUGCUAAUUUAUCAAUUUGUAAACACAAUUCUGUCAUUCGAUUAGAAUAUUUUAAUAAAUUUUAUGCUCAUGAAUGAAAUGAA